AUGGUGAUCAAUCCCACCUUGCUUGCGCAGCGUACGCGGCAGUCCGUCAAUUGGAACGAUGCGAAACGGAGAGUCUUGAAAAGCUACCGGGAAUGGGCUCGUGCUGCACCGGAAAUCCAGACUAUGUACCAGCUCAGCAUACCGGUGGCAGAGAUACGGACGAAGAUAAGGCAGGAGUUUGAGCGGCAUCGAUAUGUUAAACAGCUCUCUGUGGUGGAUGUUUUACUAUUCCAGAGCCAUGCGGAAUACCAGGAAACACUGAACUACUGGAAACAAGUUCCUCACGUCUUAAAGUAUUUCCGCGCAAAGGAGGAUCUGAACGGGCAACUUCCACAGAAUUUCAUGCAAGGUUUCUUAGAGGGACGCAACUGA